CGCAGGGGAAUAAGAUUCGGGCAAGUCCGGGCGGCCGGAGACUUCCUUCCUUCCUGCCUUUCUGCCAUCGGGCUGGUGAGACGGAAAUUUUCCACUCUGUCUCUCUCUGAAAUCUGACGCCAUUUCCGUUUCUGUGAAAUAGUACGAGAGAAGAUAGGGAGGCGGAGGAGGAGGUCGAAGCUCGAAGAUGUCUCUGACGAGUGUCAAAAUGUCAGAGGAAGUGUGGUUAACUUGCCUCACUCACGCAUUGUCCACCGAGACCGAAGAGAUCAUGGGCCUCCUUCUCGGAGAUAUCGAGAGUUCCAAAAAUGGAAAUCUUACUGCCUUAAUUUGGGGUGCAUCACCUCAAACUCGAUCCGAUCGGCAGAAAGACCGAGUCGAAACAAACCCUGAACAGUUGGCUGCUGCAUCAGCUCAGGCAGAGAGAAUGACAAUAUCAACUGGAAGAAUGACACGGGUAAUUGGGUGGUACCAUUCGCACCCCCAUAUCACAGUUCUCCCUUCCCAUGUUGAUGUGCGAACUCAGGCAAUGUAUCAGCUUCUAGAUUCUGGAUUUAUUGGGUUGAUAUUUUCCUGCUUCAGUGAAGAUAGUAACAAGGUUGGGAGGAUACAAAUAAUUGCAUUUCAAUCCUCAGAUGGGAAGCAAGCUCGGAUGUCAGUCAAACCUAUACCGCUAUCUCCUGUUAAUAGGAAUUCAGUCAUAGACCUUGAAUCAUCUUUGAGUUCUUCAGAGAACACAUCAAUAAGAUCUGGUUCCACUAGAGGUGAGAACCUGGAGGAAGACACGGGUGAUUCAAGAGCUUCUAAGGGCCGAGGAAGGUCUACAGAUUUGGGUGGUUUCUUUGCUAAUGCCGAUGCCACUUAUCUGGGAAGGGAGAUAAUCGGAGGAAAGUUCCACAAUGAGAAUUCAGGCAGCACUUCUUUCAUUGAUAUAGAUCCGAUGGAUAUGUCUGAAGGCAUGCAAGAAGCUAUGCAUCGAUCAAACUUGGACAUGAGAGCUCGUCUCUUGGUUGUUGACAGCGGAGCAGAUUAUGUCAGGAAAGAAGUACCUCUAUAUGUGUUGCCCAGUUCAUCUCUUCUGAAGCUAGAUUCUCCUUUAAGUUCAUUUACGGACUUGCAACGAGUAAUAUACGAAGAGGAAAAGGCUGCAUAUUUUGAAGCUAUGGGUCAAAAUAUUAGGAAUGGGAAAGCACACCCGCUUACUUUUAUUCAUCAUACCUCUACAUAUCAGGCCUCUAUGUGCAAACUCAUUGAACAUUGUUUAAGCCCUGCCAUUAGUGCACUUCAUGACUGCGUGAGAGAUAAUGAAAUUCGGGCGGCAAAGCUCACGGAAGAGAGAAAGAAUCUUGAGAUGGAGGUCCUUCACCGUUCAGAUCCCAUUUUGAGUUCUACCACAUCUCACAAUGUACGAGGAGCAGGGUCGUCGGGUUUUAGGAGCAUGUAUGGAUCAUCCGAAGUUAGCGGGGCAGUGAGGAAUGUCGGGAGCCCGUGUGGUCAGGCCAAAAGAGGGUCCUAGGUAGUGGAUAAUUUUCCAUGGUCCCUUUCCUUUCUUGGGGAUGAUAUCUUGCUGUAACUGUUUUUGGCUGCUAAAUUUGGUUUGUGCUAGCUCUUUGAGUUGUUGGUCGGUUGGUUUCCUUUUUUUCUCCAACAGAAACUACAUCGAUGUUGGGGAGAAGUGUAAAUUAGGGGGUUAUCACCUUAUCAUCAUCAUUGCUAUAUGAAAUGCUCGACAGCUUUGAAUCAA